UCUGGAUGAGAAGUCUGCAGACUACUCCCACUCUGUGAACAGCAUGCAGACUGCAACGUAUGAGAACUCAAACGUAGCUGUGUAUGAGGGUGACUGGGCUUGGCUGAAGAAAUUUGAGGAGGGCCAGUUCAAAGAGGUGAAACAAAGCACCACCAGGAUUUUCACCAAGAUGAAGGAUCUGAGAAACGAGAACGUAAACCCCUUCCUGGGCUUCUUCCAGGACUUCUCCAUGUUUGCAGUGGUGACGGAGCACUGCUCACGGGGCAGCCUACAGGACCUGCUCAGGAACGAGGAUGUGAAACUAGACUGGAUGUUCAAGUCUUCACUUUUACUCGACCUCAUCAAGGGCAUGAAGUACCUCCACCUCAGAGAGUUCCCACAUGGCAGGCUUAAAUCUAGAAACUGUGUGGUGGACGGGCGAUUCGUCCUCAAGAUUACAGACUAUGGCUUCAAUGAGCUGCUGGAGACACAGAAAGCUCCCUUUGAAGAACCCCCACCAGAAGAUCUUUUCUGGACAGCUCCAGAGUUCCUGAGGGACCUUCAAAACCACCACAAAGGAACAUAUAAGGGAGAUGUUUAUAGUUUUGCUAUCAUCCUGCAGGAGGUGGUGGUGAGAGGACCACCAUACUGCAUGCUGGAUUUACCUCCUGAAGAAAUCAUCCGUAAAGUAAAAAAGCCUCCCCCCAUGUGCCGUCCCACAGUGGCCCCUGAUCAGGCUCCUCUUGAAUGUAUCCAGUUAAUGAAGCAGUGCUGGAGCGAGCUGCCUGAUCGCAGACCAGCCUUUGAGGAGAUCUUUGACCGGUUCAAGAUAAUCAACAAGGGUAAGAAGACCAAUAUUAUUGACUCCAUGCUCAGGAUGCUGGAGCAGUACAGCUCAAACCUGGAAGAUCUGAUUCGAGAGAGAACCGAGGAGCUGGAGGUGGAAAAACAGAGAACAGAAAAGCUGCUUUCUGAGAUGCUUCCACCUUCUGUUGCUGAGGCCCUAAAGACCGGUGCCACAGUGGAACCAGAGUAUUUUGAUCAGGUGACGAUCUACUUCAGUGACAUUGUGGGGUUCACCACCAUCUCCUCGCUCAGUGAUCCCAUCGAGGUGGUGGACCUUCUCAAUGACCUCUACACGCUGUUUGAUGCCGUGCUCAGUAAUCAUGACGUCUACAAGGUGGAGACCAUUGGUGAUGCUUACAUGGUGGCAUCUGGCCUUCCUAAACGGAACGGCAACAAACACGCAGCGGAGAUCGCCAACAUGUCACUGAACAUCCUCAGCUCAGUGGGAUCUUUCCACAUGCGCCACAUGCCUGAGGUGCCCGUCAGGAUACGGAUAGGAAUCCACUCAGCCUAA